AUAUCAUAGGUUAGAAAACUGAGCAUGUGUUCGAGUCACUGGUAGCGACUCCACACGUCAAAAAAAAAAGACAAGACAAUCAACCCACUCGGGUAAUAAAAAAAAAAAGUUUAGGUGAAUAGUCUAAUGAGAGAGUGUGAGGGAGGAUAUGUUUAUAUUUUUGAUUUAAAGGCUUUGAAGACGAGACAUUCAAAGUUGAUGUUAUGUCAGUGCGCAGCGAGAGACUAAAGCAUUAAAGUCAUAGGUGAGGAUAAAGUCCAGACUGUGCUGUUUUUUGUGAUAUUUUUUUUUCUUUUUUCUUUGUACAUGCUGUUAUUCAGUUGGACGUGAGAGCGGGGGACUUAUGACAUUACGCACAGACCGGGAGCGGGGCUGCAAAUGGGCGGCAUAGGUGGCAACCUCUACCUCAGCAUGUUGAAUGGGACUGAAACGCAAACUUUCGCUAAGAGCACCGACAUCACUAGUCACCUCCACCGCGGCAGCAAGGAGCUCGCCGAGUUUAAAAUGGGGAUUCAGGACGCGAGGUUUUACUACACGGACUCAGUUCAAAGCGGGCAGGACGCUCUGGCUCUGCCGUACCACUCGGAGCAGACGGUCGGAGGGUACGGAGCGCAGCCCGGCAGGUUUUACGCACAGACCCUCAGCAGCUGUCCGUACGGCGGCGUGAGGUCGCCGCCGAGAAGUGGGGCCGGGCAGGGUUACAUCCCUACGGCGGGAGACGGCUUUCCCACGGGCGCUAAAGACGUAUAUUCUCCUUCUCCGGAGAAUUACCCUGCGAGCUUUCAGCACGGUUACCAGCGCCCGCCUCUCUACCCUUUACCUGGGCUACAGGUGUGCGGGAAGACUCAGGCUCUGCUCAAUAACUACCCGCUGUGGGCCAAGUUCCACAAGUUCCAAACCGAGAUGAUCAUAACCAAACAGGGGAGGAGGAUGUUCCCCUUUCUGAGCUUCAACAUCAGCGUUCUGGACCCUUCUGCGCACUAUAACGUCUACGUGGACGUGAUUUUGGCUGAUCAGCACCACUGGAGGUACCAGGGCGGCAAGUGGGUCCAGUGUGGGAAAGCGGAGGGUAACAUGCCAGGGAACAGGAUGUACAUGCACCCCGACUCUCCCAACACCGGAGCUCACUGGAUGAGACAAGAAGUGUCGUUCAGCAAACUCAAGCUCACCAACAACAAAGGCAGCACCAACAACGUGGCACAGAUGAUCGUGCUCCAGUCCCUUCAUAAGUACCAGCCUCGUCUUCACAUCGUGGAGGUGAAGGAGGACGGCACGGAGGACCCCUUCCUCUCAUCCAAAGCUCAGACCUUCGUCUUCCCGGAGACUCAAUUCAUCGCUGUCACCGCUUAUCAGAACGCAGAUAUCACUCAGCUGAAAAUAGACCAUAACCCCUUCGCUAAAGGUUUCCGCGACAAUUACGACACGCUGUACGCUCCUCCCGACUCUGAUCGCCUCACCCCCUCCCCUACAGAGAGCCAGCAGCUGCUGCCAGGGAGUUGCUACCCCCAAGGCUACCUCUCUGAGCAGUACAUGAGCCCCCUGCCCCAGAGCCGCUUCUACGGCCGGGAGCCCAUCGGUAUGGGCCAGCAACACAAAGACCCAUCCUCCAGCCCUGGUCCUCACAGCCGCUGGUACCUGCCUCCUCAGCAGGGUGUAGCCCCCAACCGGCUUGACUUCACUUCCUCCUAUGAAGGGGACUUCUCGGGAAAUGGUUUCUACAAGCCUUUCCCUUUGCAGACAUCCGCUCACCAUGCCCUUAGCUACUAUCCAGACCAUCCUUUUGCAUCUACUAGUGUGUCUGUAUCAGGGGCCACCUCGGCGGGCUGGAGUACCAGCCGGCCCACCCCUCAGUACCUCAGCCACCCCAGUAAACCCGGCCCUAGUCUGGGCUGGUUUAGACCCCUAUCCUCCUCUUCUUCAUCCUCGACGUCACCCGGCAACCCUAGGCUGAAUCCUCCUUCGCUUCUAGAGUCUCUCCAGCCGCCCCUGCUGCAGGACAAGCCCAAAGACACUGGAGCUGUGGUGGCAGAGGAGCCCUGGCUCGAACCGCCUUCUGUGAAAUCAGCAGACUCUGCAGACUCAGGCCUGUUUGAAGGCGGAAGCGUGGGGGACAACAAGAAGAGGAGAGUGUCACCAUACACGUCCAGCACCGAAAACUCCCCGCCUCCGCGCAGUGGAGACAUCUGCGAGAAAGACAGCAACAGCGAUGCAGACUACUAUGGCUAUUACACCCACUGAAGACCUCACACAUCACCAACCGCCACAAUCUCUCCCAAUGUCUUCCCACACCUCCCUCGUGGACGCAUCAGUCUGUCCAGUCAGGUCAUGAUCAUCAUCCCAAUUUUUGUUUUUUUGUUUUUUUUGUGCUGCAGACAAUUACCAGAACCACAUAACAGAACGUGCAACCUCAUCUACUUUCACAUCACAGCGUGGGGAGCCUAUCUUUAAAGUCAAAGUGUCAAAUGAUUACAGAAGGAAGUUUCAAGGUUACUGUCAAAGUUAGUGUUGAACAGGAGGCCAAAUGGAUGUGACUGGUCCGGCGACAGCUGCCCUAGAGUCACAUAAACACCAAAUAGACAUACAGACCUGUGACUUAAGCCUUUGAAACAUCUGGAUAUUUCAAAAAAAACAAAAAAGAUCUGCAUAUCUGCUUGCUGACAGAUGCCUGCAGGGAUUGUCUGUUCUUUCUGCAUCAAACACUCUUUCUGUCUCUUUUGCUCUGUCUUGUCUCUUCCUUCUCACCCUCAACCAUUCACACAUCCUCUCACAGUAUGCUCACGUUCAUUUCCCCCUGAUGAUUCUCAGGGGAAAUUAUAUUUCUCACACACACACACACACACACACACAUACACCUCUUCUCUUCAAUCCGCCCCAGAGAGCUCCCACUAGUGGCGACAGAGAAGCAUUACCGGUGCAGAGGCCACAGUGUCUGAGUAAAGUUAUGUCAGGGUGUUAAGAGAGCUUAGCAAGCACAUGUUCUGAAGUAAGGCCGCUAAUCUGUUUCAACCCUGCUAGGACAACCUUUUCUGUGUAGGUUGCUGAUAAGUAAAUCAGCAACCACAGCAGAAAUAGCAAGUCCUUACAGCUGGACGCAAUCCAACAUAUCUCACAUGUGUAAAGGAACAAUUGUGGAAUUAACGGAUGGUUAAUUUGAUGAAAUGUGGAUUAAUCAUAACAAACCAACAAAUGUUUAAAGAGAGGGUAUUAUAGAAGACAAAAAAAAAAAUUCUCAACACAAGGUUUCAACCACAUCUCAUGGUCCUCUUCAGUGGAUGGAGUUGCUCAGUUGUCAUGGAGAUGGUUUAGUUGUCAUCACCUGACCCAAGUGUGGAAUUUCGGUCAAGUGAUAACAAGUAGUUGUAUAAGGAGGAGAGAUGGUAACCCCUGUCGCUCUGGCAUCUUUGUCCUACUUGAUCUUCCUCCAGCUGCGCACUGACUCCUGGUUGAUGACCUUUGACCCCUGCCCAGUCGAUGCUGUGACCGGUUUUGGUCUUGUGUUCACAGACGGCUAAUGUCUGUUUCCGGUUUUCAGUCAGUGUCUUGUCAUUUCACUAUUGUAGUGUCCCCAACAGCUGUCACAUUAUUGUCAUACACCACUGCAGUCUUCCUGUUUUAAGGGUGUACAUUUAAAGAUGUUGAACGACUUGUGUAGGUGUUGACAUCUUGUAACUUUACGACCCAGUGGGUUGCUGCUGAUGGUCCCCGUUAAGUUGGCAGCGUCCAUCUUGUUCAUACUGUCUCCUAGAAUUUACGUUUACAUACUACUAAAUCAUGUUGCAUUGACAAAUGUGUACUUGCAGAUAUUGUGCUGCAAGAACAGAUAUUUUGAAGGGAAGCAUUAAUUUUCUAGCAAAACAUACAUGUAUCUGCUGUUGCAAUUUAGUUGUAUAUAAAUGUAAUUUCUAAGAGACAGGGUUGCACUGUAGAGAAUUGUCUAGUAGUUGGGUGUAUUUUGGUGUUAAGGCAAGUAAAUUUCACUUUCUAUAGCCCAAAAGUAUUUGUCACAGGAGACAUAAGAAACUGUAGAGCAUGCCCUACUUAUGGAAAAAGUGUAAGCUCCACAAAAAAAACCCUUUAACUGGGACAAAAGAUAGAAACCUCAGGAAGAGCAACAGAAAAGGUCUGACAGUGACAGCUCGGACCACUCGCUGCUUCACCAACCUUUCCAAAUAAGUCGUUUUGAACUGCCCCUCGCUGUGGUGUAACACAUGGAAAAAAGUAAUCACAUUCAGUAUUUAAUUGUUCAAACUGAGGGUCUGAAUCUGCGCUGUAGACUGAUUAAAAUAUGUAAGAUCAGGUGUAAUGCUCUUAAGUUUAUGGACCCACACAGCUUGUUUAAUUAAAGGUGAAUGUGGAGCAAAAGAUGUACAUUUUCAUGAAAAAAAUGUACCAAUAUGUUAUAUAAACAUGCAGUAGUCACAUCAUUGUGUCAUAAAAAUAAGAAAAUACCCCCGAUUAAAAUAACUAGCUCAAUGUCGGUUGAUUAUAUUGCUUUAUUUUACAGGUCCUAUCAUUUUAUAUUAGUUUCUUGGAAAUUUCAUGAGUAAUUUGCAUGUAUUUAAUGGUUAAUUUAUUUUACAUAUUGCAAGUUGGUGCAAUUUGGUAUGAAUUUAGAAAAAAGGGAAAAAGUGUUAAGUUGGUAAGUGCCCAUUUAAUACUUUUGAGUUCAUAUGUAGUUGUUAAUUUGCAAAAAAAGUUUAUCUGACAGAAAAUACUUAAGUUUUCAGUGUGUAGUUUUGUGUGUCAAACUACAUGUUAGCAUAUUAGAUUCUUUCCUAAAAACUCUAUAAUGAGUGCAUUUCCCAUAUACUACCAGAUGACAUAACCCUGUUAAAGAAAUAUCCUAAUAUUUAACAGUUACACAGCAGCUACUUUUAGUAAAUUGUUGAAAGGAUGUACUGGAAAUUAAUAGGUUAAGUGUUAAGUGUUACUGAAAUUAUUGAUAGACGCAGUAUAGCAGUUUUAAGAAACAACUUAAUAUGUUAAUGUAUUGUUUGACACACAAAACUACAACUGAAAAGUAAGUUGUUUCUAAGAAUUUUAAAGAAUUUAAUCUAUUAAGAAUGUUUGCAAAUUAAGAACGACAUAAGAACCCAUUUUUCUUAUAAUUUGUACCGAAUGUGCACCACCCUUUUUGUAAAAUGUCCUUAAAAUUAACCGUUAUGUCA